CCACUUCUCCGCAGAUUCUGGGAAUUCCAAAGACAGUUGCUUGCUUUGCUUUCUUGUAAGUAAUAAAAUGAUUUUGUGGUUCAUACCUUCAAAUUAUUGUAGUGAUGAUCAUACGGAAGCCGAUUUGACAGAAUUUUAAUUCACAUACGAUACUAGCCUAUAUAACAGUCGAUUUGUGCAGUCGGUCAGUGAGUGUUGUUUAGUGAGUCGUGCAACUCGUACCCUGCAUGACUUUGGACUCCGAUGCGCCAUUUGGCCUCAGCUAUAAAAACAAGGAAUGUGUUUAUCGUCUCUCCCGAUUUCCCAAACGACUUUAGCUUGCAGUGAUGGUGUGAUAAGUGAACUUUAGUGAUAUUCCCCGACAUGGCAAUUUGUCAGAGCACUCGUCGCGAAACAAAAAGUGAGUGCAGUGGUGUUUUCUCCAGAGGUUUGUUGAAGAGAUGGACCUGGAUACUGGCGCUAGGCCUGAUGAGUGCGGGGCGCGCGGCGGGGCAGCAGUGCCUGUCGGUGGACAUGACGGUGGCGACGUUCCCGCCCGGAGACAUCAACAUCCCGUACGGCUCGCCGCUGGACAUCUACUGCACCACCGACGACUACAACGCCACCGACCUCAGGUUUGAGAUCAACGGAAAGACCAUAGAGAGCACUAUCGUUAACCAAACUACUAUCCGGCAUUACCAGAGGCAUCCAGAUAUUGACAUCAAAACAUACUACUGUGUAAAUACUGCCACAAGGAAGAAGUGCAUAAACAGAGUCCUCAUAGACACACCACCAAAGAAUGUUACGGACUUCAAAUGUAUCUCCAAUGAUCUGAAUACUUUGAACUGUACAUGGACAUCUCAGAAAGCUUUAAGCAACAUUAAAUACAAUCUUAGUUUUGGUUACAACAGCCAGCUUGAUUGUAAAGUGGAUAGAAUAAUGGAUACUCGCUAUUGCUUCUUGAGUACAACUACUAAACCUAGGUACCGGCAGACCCUGGCAGUCUAUAACUUCAACCUGACAUCCUGCAGUGUCUUCGGCUGUAAUCAACAGUUUAUAAACAUAGACCACUAUUCUAUUGUCAAGCCAAAGCAGCUACCAGUCAAAGCUAAUGUGACUGGACCUCACAGUGUCCUCUUAACAUGGAGCCUAUCUAACAAUCUAGUUGAGUAUCUCAGAUGCGGAGUGGACCAUAAAAUUCAAUACCAAAUUGCUAAAAUAGAUAAUCCACAACAAUUCAGACAAAUCAAUGCCACUUGGCUGCCUCAGCUUAAUAAAACUUAUAAAUAUGAAUUGGCCUUGCCCUAUGCAUUUAUGAAUUAUGAGGUGCGAGUUUAUGUGAAAUCAAAACAUGCCAGUGAUGAUAUGUGGUCAGAUUUCAGUUUUGUUGUCUUCAAAACUGAUAGUGAAAGGCCACAUAGGCCCCCAGACAUGCCGGCAGGAGCAUUUCAAAUAAAACCAUUUACAAACAGUAUUCGCCAUGAGGUGUACAUCAUCUAUUGGAAACAGUUGGAAGAGUAUGAAGAAUGUGGAGACCAUUUCACAUAUGAAGUUACUGUGAUCCAUCAGAACAAGACACAAGUGUUAAAUCCGCAACUAAAUACAAGUUUGAGUUAUGUUGAACUGCCUAAAACCACUACACAGGCUAUUGAUGUUUAUGUUCGAUCUAAGAACUCUGAAGGCUUAUCUGUAAAUAGUAGCCACCUCUACAUACCAUCUCAAGCACAAAUUCUAGAGGGAUCCACUUCAUUUACUAAACUGGCAUAUGCAAACGGGACAUAUGAGCUUUCUUGGGAUAUCAAUAUAAAAGACCUGUACAAGAUAGAUAACUAUACAUUAUUCUGGUGCCGUCACAACUGGACUCAAGUUUGCCAGGGGAGGAUGAACUACUCUAUUCUAGAACCACACAAGAAGAACCAUAUUAUUGACCUGCGGAGUGAUCUAAGAUACCAGUUUGCCAUAUCUGUGAACAGUGGUGCAAAGAGCACUGGAAUGGUGUGGGCUAAAUGUGACAUAUCCAGAGACGCAGCCAAUUAUGAUAUCCCUGUAAGACUAAAACAUGAGAAGCCUGUAAAUUCAUCAGUAGAAAUUAAAUGGGAAAUGGAAUGUACUCUAAGGGAUGGAAUUAUCAUUGGCUAUAGAAUUAACUAUUGUGCAAUAUUUAAAACAAAAGAUGAAUGUGAUAACACUGUAGGAAACAAGACCAUUGAUAUAUUUAACUCAACAGCAAGAUCUGUAAAUAUAACUGAUUUACUAUAUCACAAGACUUACAAAUUUGGCUUUGUUCUUGUGACUGCCAAUGGCCCAAUACGGAUAAAAUAUGCAACAACAUUUGUAACUACUCCUGAAGGAGUACCCUCAAGCCCAGUCAACAUCACUGUAUCAAACAUUACUCAUGACUCAGUAGUGAUUUCCUAUGAUCCUCCAGUAAUGAAGAAUGGUUAUAUUGUGAAAUAUGCUAUUUACAACUACGGAGAAAUAUUUUAUAAUGACACCAUGAGUAUACCAAAUGAAUCAGAGAGCUCUAGAAGAAGAUAUGUGAAAUUGGAUAAAUUAAAUGGCUACACCAAUUAUUCAUGGACUGUGCUGGCAUGUAAUUCAUAUUGUUCAUUAAAUACUUCUGAGCCUAUUGUAAUGAGGACAAGCAUAGGUCCUCCAGGGAAAGUAGGAGAGGUUUACACCUCACAUAACUCUGAUACACUGGAAUGGACUCCACUAAGCGAAAAAGACGUAGCAGGUCAUCCGGAAACAAUGAUAUACCAGGUGCAAAAAGUGAAAAAUGACGUCCCUCAAAUUUACGAAACGCCAGCCAAUACAUUCUCCAUCGCCGGUCCUUGCGAAGGAAUUAUAAAAUAUCGCGUCAGAGCAGUCAACUUUGAUGACGACCCGACUCACGGGGCUUGGUCGGAUAGUGACAAUGUAGUCUUGCCUACUCGCAAUGAAAAUGAGACUAUCGAGAAGAUCGCAUACGCUGGGAAAUGGAGUAGCAAUUAUACGAUGGAUUGCAGAACAUCGCCGACAGCUUCAACAAUCUUGCCAUUCUUGUUCCUCUUUAUAUUUUUGAUCGGCAUGACCUUUGGAUUUAUUAAACUGUACAAAAAACACCGCUCAAUGAAAGAUAUUAAACCCAGACUUCCUGAAGGUCUGACCGUGUCCGAACCGGAAAUCACAAAUAAUAAAUAUUCAUUCUCGGGUUGGAACCCGGUGCGUAAGAACGACAAGCCAUCUGAAGAGAAAUCGUUGCUUCACUAUAGCAAACCUAUCUUGCCAUCGCCAGAAAUUAAGCUAAAAGACGAAAACACGGGCUCCAGUGACCAUACCGACAGCACUAUAUUAUCUAACUUGUCCCGCGGACCUGUCGAAAGAGAAGUAUCCACGUCGGACGAGGGGUCCGAAUGCUCACUGGACGCGGAACCCGUGAAAUCAAAUGAAAGAAUCAAUUCAAUGGAUGACGGAGACACUUGUUCCGAAGCGCCCAGUACUCCCGAGCAAUCGUCAUUCUUCACCGACUUGAACUUCAUGAAGAACCCAGUGGUGAACCCCAGCACGGGGUACGUGACGACGACGCUGAUGUCGCAGCCGACGACGUCGAGCUACGUGAUGGCGGGGCUGGACCCGCCCAUCUUCACGACGGGCGGCGCGCUGCCCACCUCGCCGCAGCGGCCCGCGCUGUCGCCGUCCGGAUACGUGCUGAAAGAGGACAUGCAACCCGACUCGUUCAUGAACUUCCCGAAGCUCGGUAUUUCGCCGACCAAAGCGUUCGAUUGUGAUAGUCUGCCGACAAUAGUAAGCUUGCCCCCCUCGAAGCCUGACGCUGGUAGUUUCCAGCUGCAGAACCUGGACGCGCUGUCGAGCGUGAAGGCGGGCGCGCGGCGCGCGGCGGCGCCCGUGAAGACCACGCCCGGCUACGUGAGCCCCGACAGCGUGGUGGUGACCAAGCACCUCAACAUCCUGUCGGGGCAGCAGGUGGACGACCCCGCGCUGCUGGACCCGGCCGUCAUGUCGCCGGACGCCUACUGCCGCUUCUCCUGGAAUGUCAACCCCGCCAACGACAACCUCAGCUCGCUCCGCGCCGACUCGCCCACAAACCAAUCGCCGAACCACUGAGCCAAUACACACGUCCCUAGGGUAGAAACUGCAGAUAAAAUCAAACCGAAUGACUGAAUUGUAAAUAUAUUGUUAAGUUAGUGUGACGUUCAUUAUUUGUGAAGAAAGACAAUAUUCUAAUUAACUGUUGA